UGUGCACCUUUCCCUACCUCCUCAGGCCUCCUCCCCUCCUCCUCUCUCCUAACUAACCACCUACAACAAGUUUGACAGCUCAGCCUGUUUCCUGCUCUUCUCUUCUCCCUCAGCAGCCGCAGACAGAGCUCCUCCACCGGGCUUACUCUUCUCCUCUCUCUCUCUACUAGUUUUUGUUCAACAUGUGUGCGUCUUGCGUCUCCUGCUGGCUAUGAGGACUUUCAUGUGCCCGUAGCUUUUUUUUCUUCUUAUUUGGAUCUUUUUGUUGUUGUUGUUUUUUAUUUUUUAUUUUUUAUUUUUUUUGUCGGACGUCGAGAGAGACAAACAUUAACCAUGUCGAGGAGCGCGGACGAGGUGUACAAGCUCACUGAAAGUACAUACAAGAGUGUGAUGGAACAGUUCAACCCAGGACUGAGGAAUCUGGUCAACCUGGGCAAAAACUAUGAGAAAUCAGUGGCUGCAAUGACCCUGGCAGGAAAGUUGUAUUUUGAUGCAAUGUCUAAGAUUGGAGAGAGUGCUGCAGUGUCUCCUGUCUCCAGAGAAUUAGGUGUCGUGCUGAUGGAAAUCUCCGAGGUCCACAGGAAGGUUCAUCUUGAGCUGGAAGAAAAUUUUAAGAGGUUCCACAGGGAGAUAAUAACCGAGCUGGAGAGAAAGACAGACAUGGAUGUCAAAUACAUGACAGCCACGUUUAAGAGGUACCAGAUGGAGCACAAGAUGAAACAGGACUCUCUGGAGAGGUCCCAGUCAGACCUGAAGAAGCUAAGGAGAAAGAGCCAAGGCAAGAAUGCCAACAAGUACGAGAACAAGGAGAGCGAGUGCCUGGAAACAUUGACAAGCCGUCAAAUGGACAUGCAGUUGUUCAUCGCAGACGGCUGUAAGGAGGCUCUGCUGGAGGAGAAACGACGCUUCUGUUUCCUGGUGGACAAACACUGCAUGUUCUCCUACCAGAUCGCCUCCUUCCAUGACAAGGCCAGAGACAUUCUGACGGCAAAGCUGAGCAGCUGGCAGGACCAGUGCAACGAUGCCACCGACAUGCCAGAGAGCGUCUUGACGAUGAUUGAGGGACUGCGCACACCCAUCUCCAUCACACCUCUGCCCUCUCCGUCCCCGUCACGGCACAGCGUGAACAUCUCUGCCCCCCCGGCCCCACCUCUGAAGGCUCAGACCAGUCCUCUGGCUAACAUGUUCACCCAGGACAACAACACUUCCAGUGCAACCACUACUUCCAACAACAGCACAGACCACGGAAACAGCGAGGAGAACAAUCUUUCCAGGUCUGUGUCUGUUGCCACAGGCCUCAACAAUAUAGUGAAGAGGCCUCGUGUGCGCACCAUCUUCCCCCACACUGCCGGCAACAACAGCACGCUGCUGAGCUUUGACGAGGGAGACGUCAUCGUCCUGCUCAUCCCCGAUGAGCGAGACGGGUGGAUGUACGGCGAACUGGAGAAGAAUGGAAAGAGGGGCUGGUUCCCUUCAUCCUACUGCCGUGCACUAUCCGAACCUCUUGUGAAUAACAACAGUGUGUCUGCUGCCCCGUACCGCAGCAGAAGCGUGGUCAACCUCCACCACCAGGACACAGAGACAGACGAGGCGACCAUGGUGCUCCCCCCAGCGGACUACUGUGACAGCACGCAGCGCAACUCCAUCAAGAACAACGCCUCGUCCGUCACCACAAACAACAACCACCAUCACCACCACCACCACUCCCCCACGCCCUCUGCAGCCUCCUCAUCCUCGUCUGAUCACAACACGACAAUGCAGCCCAAUGGCAUCUCGAGACCUACGCCUGCUUUCCUCGCGGGAGGGAACCCAUUCGCCACAGUCAGGCUACGUCCAACCGUCACCAAUGACCGCUCCGCACCGGUCAUCUGAUCUGUCCACCUUUCCACACAUCCUCGAUACACACAAGCCCUUGUCGACCUUCCUGUGUCAUCUAUCCCGGGAUGUGCAGCAGGUUCUUUUGGUCUGGAUGGAACCAGACGAAACUUGGCCAGUACUGAUGGGGGGGAAAAAAAUGCCAUUUUAAUCUGGGAUCACUCAACUGCUGCAAACUCUCAUACGGAAGUAUUUUGGGACCGUUUUAAUUUACAGAAGAGAUGCUCAUAUAUUUAACUAAGAUAUCUGAAUAUAUAUUUUCCAUGUCUAUUUUUGUCCCUCUGUUUGUGGUGGUGAUAUUUAAAUGACCACAUUCUUACCUGCACUUGAGAAAUGGAUAAAUCAAAAUGGUCAAAGAAAAUACUGCAAUGUAUUUAUACCGUCGACGUUGCUUGUUCACCGUCCAAAUGACUGUUAGAAAUCUUUUCUGUUGCCAUAGGACAGUAAAAGAAUGUACUUUUGAGGACCUCUGCAUUUCACCUUCAGGUCCUUAGGAAAAGGACAUCUCAGCGUCGAUGCUAAAAGGAUGUCGACUAUCUGUGAGGAGAGAUGCAUCCAAACAAGGCACACAAGUGAUCUUUACCCUUCUUGUAUAUAUGUUUGUACAACUGAUGUCAUAAAUAUCGUCCUUUGCCAUCUAACUUAACUUUUUUGUAAAGCUAGACGAUCGUGGAGACGGGACAUUUGCCUUAAGGACACACACACACACACACCUACUGUAAAAAUAUGUACCUGUUGCAUUCUUCAAAUAGUGAACAUGAGCUGUGAUGCUCGCCUCAUGACAGUUAAAUCAUUACACAUGUGACCAGUGUGUACAUUUGUUUUGGUCUUUGGCCCACGUUACACCCUUAAUAAUUUGCUGUAUGGAAAAAUAAAGAUUUAUUUCUUCAA